AUGUUGCUCAAGCCCGCGACGCCCCUCACCAUAUUGCUGCUGAUCGCCUUUGCGCUUUUGCUACUCUCAUGUCUUUCAACACCUAUUGUUAGGGGAAUUCCUCUAGCAACUUUCAAAGAUGUGGAUUAUGGUGUCUUUGGAUAUUGUAAGGGUGAUACCUGUACCAAUAUCCAUGUGGGCUACACGAGCAAUGAUAUCAGUAACACAGGUGAUGAUUUCAAUCUGCCUUCCGGUACUCGAAAGUCACUCUCCUCGAUCCUCAUCGUCCAUCCCGUCGCCGCCUUCCUGACCCUCAUUUGCCUCUGCCUGGCUAUCGCGGCCCACUUCCAUGCGCCCUCCCACUCGCCGCGCUUCCUGUUGGCACUUCUCAUCUUGUUGCUACCAACAUUACUCGUGACUCUCCUCGCAUUCCUCGUCGAUAUCUUGCUAUUUGUGCCACAUCUAGGAUGGGGUGGUUGGAUUGUCCUGGCUGCGACCAUCAUCAUUACCUCUUGUGGAGUGGUCACCUGCGCCAUGCGCCGAACGCUCGUGAGUAGGAAGGCAAGGAAGCGUCGGAUCGCAGAAAAUGCGGAGAUGAGCGGGGAGAACUAUUACAACCGACAGAACGCCGCUGCGGCUGCCGUUCCGGCACCUGUUCCACCCCCUGUCGAGCCCAAGGAAGCCUUUGUGUCCAAUUCUCUCAACUCCGACUCGGGCCCAACGUUCGCAUCAUUCCCGACAGAGGCACGCGACAGCGAUGAUGAUCGAACACCUCUUAACACGCGGACGCCUAUGGGCGAUGUUCCAGCACCCCCGGACCAUCGCGGCAACGGCAUGCCCUAUCGCGCUCCGCAAGAUGAAUUUGGCAAUACCCCACCUCAGGGACCAGGUCCCUACGGUGCUGGUUCAAUGUCACGGAACCCCUCUGAUCCGCGGAUUCGACCCCAAUAUUCCGAUCACAGUAUGGGUUCUCGAAGAGGAGGAGCGCCACCUGGCUUCAAUGGACGCGGGCGAGGUGGAUAUCCACCCCGGGGUGGACGCGGGGGACCUUACAUGGGACCACCUCGCGGUCCCUCCCCUGGCUCCAGGGGUGGCUACAUGGGGCCAAUGCCAGGCCGUGGAGGUCGCGGUGGAGCGAUGCCACCUAGAGGACCACCCGGUGGCUAUGGCCCCGGUCCAGGUGGCCCCAAUCGUGGGUUUGACCCUUACGGUCGACCCUCGUCGCCUCCCACGGAUGACCCUUACAAUUAUGGGCCACCGGGUCAGAUGCGCCAGCCAUCUCCCGGGCCCAUUGGCAUGGCCAUGUCACCGGAGACGGUAGGCCAAGCCAUUGAGAUGACUCCGCAACAACGGCCGCAGUACGAUAUGCACGAUUCCACUCAGCCAAUGAGCAGUGUACCGCAAACGCUGUCAGCUGAAUACAAUAAUACCGCCCUCGAAAGUCCCACAAGCUUAUACAGCCGACCUGGCUCCUACGUUCCUCCUCGCUCAGGCUGGGGUGCAAAUGAUCCUCGUACCUCCCCACGACCACCGGCGCAACCCCUGCAAUCAAACAACGCCGGUGCUAAUUACUAUGAGGACGUGGAACCCCGUUUUGCUCGUCGACCAUCACCCCCCCGUGACUCUGGGAUCCCCUCCUCUCUGACACCUGGAGGUACUCACUUUUAA